AUUUGUUCAUUUCAAUGAUGUGUUUAAGCAAGUGCAAACAUUUGAUCUCUACACUAUUAGUAUUAUGUUGUUAUUCAAUACAUGUUCUUGUUGUUGCCAAAGACAACACAACAUCAUCACAAUUGAUGAUCAAAGACCAUGAAACUCUAACCUCAAAUAGUGGAAACUUCACCUUGGGAUUCUUCACACCUCAAAAUUCAACAAAUAGAUAUGUAGGAAUUUGGUGCAAAACUCAAGACUUUGUGGUAUGGGUUGCUAAUAGAAACCAACCAUUGAUCAAUAAUUCUUCUGGUGUUGUUACAAUAUCCAAUGAUGGCAAUCUUGUACUAUUGAAUGGACAAAAAAAUGUUCUUUGGUCAUCAAAUGUUCCCAACGUUACAACAAAUUCUAGUUUCCAACUUUCAGAUGAUGGAAACCUUGUCUUCUGUGAAACAUUAACAGGAAACAGUAUAUGGGAGAGUUUCAACCAUCCAACAAAUGUAAUAUUACCAAACAUGAAACUUACAAGCUACAAAAGAAGUAGUGAGAAAGUAAAACUUACAUCAUGGAAAACACCUUCUGAUCUGUCCGUUGGAAACUUCUCUUUAAGCGUCGAACGCCUGACUAUUUCGGAAGUUAUCAUUUGGAAUGAGACUCGGCCGUAUUGGCGAAGUGGUCCUUGGAAUAAUCAAAUUUUUAUAGGGAUAGAAGACAUGGGAACUCUUUACCUUAAUGGUUUUCAUUUUGAAAAAGAUGGUACGAGAGGAACUGGUGAUUUGUAUUUCAGAGCAGACGACUGUGGACUUGUAAUCUAUAGACUGAAUUCACAAGGCCAAAUUCAUGAAAAUUCUUGGAGUGUUGAGAAAGAGGAGUGGCAAGUCACAUGGAGUAAUCGAAAUCGGAUUGUGAUGUUUAUGGUUUUUGUGGUCCAUUUGGAAAUUGUAGUUCAAAAGUGUCACCACAUUGUAGCUGUUUACAAGGGUUUGAACCAAGAAACAAACAAGAAUGGAAUCAAAAAAAUUGGACUAGUGGAUGUGUUAGGAGGACAGGCUUGCAGUGUGAAAGUGCAAACAAUGAUACCAAGAGGGCACAUGGUGAUGAAUCAGACAGUUUUUUGGAAUUUCAUAUGGUUAAAGUGCCUGAUUUGGCAGAACUGUCAUCAGAUGAACAAGAUGAAUGCAGAAGGAAGUGUUUGGUGAAUUGCUCUUGCACUGCAUAUUCAUAUAAUUCUGAUAUUGGUUGUAUAUCUUGGAAUGGAAAUCUAAUUGACAUACAACAAUUCGAAACUGGAGGAGCUGAUCUAUUCAUUCGCGUAGCCUAUGCUGAACUCGGCGUCUCAGAUAAAGAUAAAGGGCACAAAGGAACAGUCAUUAUUACAGUUUCAGUAUUAAUGGGAACUAUUAUAAUUGCCAUUGGUGCAUAUUUCAUUUGUAUAAAGGCUUCAAGUCCAGAUCCGUCAAGAAAUAAACUCCUAGAUUGGGAAAAACGCUUCAACAUAAUAGAAGGAAUAGCUCGUGGAUUACUUUAUCUACAUAGAGAUUCCAGGCUAAAAAUCAUACAUAGAGAUUUGAAGGCAAGUAAUAUUUUGCUAGACGAGGAGCUGAAUCCAAAAAUAUCAGACUUUGGUAUGGCCAGAAUCUUCGGAGGGAGUGAAAAUCAUGCCAAUACACAGGAUUGUCGGAACAUAUGGUUAUAUGGCUCCAGAGUAUGCAAUGCAAGGAGUGUUUUCAGAUAAAUCAGAUGUUUUCAGCUUUGGAGUUUUGCUGAUAGAGAUUGUCAAUGAAAGACGAAACUCAAGCUUUUACGAAAGCGAAAAUGCUCUGACACUCUUAGGAUUUGCAUGGAAUCAAUGGAGGGAAGACAAUAUUUCAACUUUAAUAGAAUCAGAAAUAUAUGAUCAAAGUCAUCAUAGGAAUAUUUUGAGAUGCAUACAUAUAGGACUUCUAUGUGUACAAGAAUCAGCUAUAGACAGACCUACUAUGGCUGUAGUAAUUUCUAUGCUUAGCAGUGAAACCAUGGACCUUCCUCCUGCAAGGGAACCUGCAUUCCUCCUGAGACAGAAUAUGUUGAAUACAUUCUCUUCUGAAGAAAUAGAUGAAUUGUGUUCCAAUAAUGCUGUGAGUAUGACAGAUCUUCAUGGAAGAUAAGAAAUUGAAGCUUUGUGUAAAUGAUUCAUCUUCAUCAUUGAUAUUGCUUGAACUAUGUAUAUUUAUAAUAGACAUAACAGAAUUCUUUGAUUCGUGCUGUCUCAUCUAGUAUGACCAAGACCUUUUUUUAUAAAAAAAGUUCAAAUGAAUUGGAUUCUGAAGGCUCACCAGAGUCCGUGCA